AUGUAUGCGUCUCUGGGAGACCCCGCGCGAGUGUUCCCAUAGCAUGUGCCGCUCUGCCAUACGUUUUUAACAUUGUUCAAUUUGAUACGUGUAUGUUUCCAGUGCUACAUCGUUUCGUGUCAAAGCCUUUGUGCUUUUACCUUUACCAUAGUUUCAGUGUGCAAACUUGUGAGCUGUGAGUGUGGGCGUAAGUGGCGCACCAGACACAAGUAGAUCGAGUGUUUGGCGAUUAAACUAUCGUAUUUUCAUAAAUAAUAGAGUUUUAGUGGAAUUAAUACAUUUUAUGGAAAUAUUCGCAAAAAAAUUACAAUGGGAAAGUCACGCACAGGAAAAACCGCGAUUGGAUUCACUGCUGCAGCUUUUGUACUACUAAUUAUUGCUUUCACCACGCCCAAUUGGCUGCAAACUGAUGGAAAACUGGAUAAUCCAAAAUUCAUAAAAAUCGGAUUAUGGCAAGUUUGUUUCAAUGGCUUUCAAGACAUACGACAUUUGUAUGACACUCGUUUUUAUGGCUGCUGGUGGGUUUUUCAAGAGGAAUACUACAUCAUACACGAUAUUCUGUUGCCAGAUUUUUUCGUGGCUACCCAAUUCUUUUUCACUCUUUGUAUUACCUUACUACUAAUUGGUAGCUUUUUGUCAAUGCUAUAUUCUUGCUGUUCUCGCCAACAUGAAAAGUUUCAGUUGCUUCUAUGGGCAACUGGAGCAAACCUUACACUGGCAGCUGUUUGUGGUAUUAUUGCAGUCAUAAUAUUUGGUGGAAGAGGUGAUUACCGAGAUUGGAUGCCUAACUGGGAGCACAAUGAUGUUGGCUGGUCUUAUGCAUUGGCUGUACUAGGUAGUUUUACUCUUCUAACUGCAGGUAUACUUUUCUUGGUGGAAGCUAGAAGAUUCAGAAAGAAAAUCGAAAGAAUACUAGAAGAAUAUUGAAUUCUUGUUUACAGCUUUUUACCAUGUAAUAUUCUGUACUACUACAAUUAUAAUUUUAAUUUUACUCAUAAAAUACGAUUCUCAAUUCCAAAUAAAACUUUUACAGAUAUAUUAUAGAUCUGAAAGGACGAUAGACAUCUGUGUCGUAUCACACACCUAAAGAGCCAAAGUAAAGAAUGUUUUGGAUCGCAUGUAUAUUCACCAAGGAAAAUCUGUGAAAAUUUACUUAGAUGUUAUGAUAAACGUGGAUUAAUUUAAUAACUCUAAACAAACAUCUAAAAGCAUAAAGAAUUUUUACAGUAUAUUGAAAAAAAAGAAGAGAUGACAAAUAUUCCUUACGUUGAAGGAAAAAAAAAUUUUUUUUCAAGUGCUGUUGCGAUGGGAUGUUUGUUGUGUUCACUAAAUUGGUUGACGUUCUACAGUAUUCAGUAACAAUAAUUUUAGUUAAAGUUUAGAAAAAUUGCAUUCUUAUUCGAACCAAAGGCUAAGGUGAUAAACGUGCGAUAUAAAGCUUUUUUUACCCACUGCUGUGGUGUAUUAACUAUUUUUUAUCGACUUGAUCUAAAAUAAUAUAUCAGCCAUCGCAUAGCGAAAGCAAAAGUAUUACUUUUGGUCAGGGUAGGCAAAAAAAUAUUUACUUUGCUAUCAAAUAGUGGAAGUAAAGAAUGUGUUAGUUUUUAAAGUAGCUUAGAUAUUUUGUAUUGAAACAUAUUUAUAUAAUACUUCAAAUUUUCAUAUUAAAGUCAUUAAUACAUGUAUAAGCGUACAUGCACAUGCUUAAAAAUACUUAUAUUAAGGAAUUAUUUUUAUAACAGUAUUAUCUGUAAAAUGCUUCUAUGUAACUAAAAAUAAGUAACAUGUUCCGUCCAAAAUGCAACUUCAGCGUUAUAGAAAAAUGACUGAAAUAAUGUACAUUGUAAAUAUUAAUGGAUUGACGUAUGUAUUGAUAUAAAACACGCAGCAAGCAUCAAGUGCCUUUUAUGUGUAACAUAUUAUUUCUAGUGUUUUUCAAUAUUUUAUGACAUUGAAAAUCGAAAUACAAAAUUUUUCUUUUGU